UUGUUGCCUCCUGUCAUGCUACCAGACAGUCCUGUUGGGAACAAGUGCCACCUGCUGAUGGCGCCGUCCCGGAGAAAAAGAGCCGCUAACGCCACUGAGCUGCUGGACCGGAGGAAUAGAGGUAUCAGGGAUGCUGGGACUCUGGUCAGGCACAAUAUGAAGGUCCUUAGAGGUAUCCUCCUGCAGGACAACAGGGGUUUUAUUAAAGCAUGGAGCAAGACCUCAAAAUCCACAAUAACGUACGAGAAUGGUAAAAUCUACUUUGAAAAUUACCAGAACUGCUACAGCUGUGUUCAUUCAGAGCCUCAAGUACUGUACAAACUGCCCAAGAGGUCUAAAUUGGAGAAAUUCGAAGAUGCCUUGCUGUGUCAGAGCCCACUUGACAAAACGUUAGCCUCCCCCUCUGAUCAUAAACCCAGCCUCUUGGCUCUAACAGCUAAUAACUGGCUUUAUCGCCUUUCAGCUGAAACGGGAGAAGAGCUGCAGAGAGUUUACCUCUCUCCAAACCAUAAGUUCAGGUAUCUUGGCUGGGAUGUUUCUCAUCAGAUGUUUUAUGUUAAAUCUAUUCAAAACAAAGAAACAUCUUUAGCACGACAGGCGGGUAUCACUCAGAAUACGGUGUUGCAUCUGGCUAUCUUUAAUGUCUUCCCUUUACAAAUUGUGGGCAUUUUGGAGAUCAACAAAAAGGUGUUUGGAAAUGGCGUUACCGACGUUGUUCUGUCUCAAGGUGUCCUUGUGGUGUCAUACAGCAACAAGUCAGUGAAGAUGUACAGCUUUGAGCACAUUGUCCAAAAGUACUUGACAGAGAAGUUAACGCUUGGAAACAAGAGUUCACUUCUUGGAGGCAGAACAGUGGGAGAUGUUCCAUUUGGUAUUCCAGUAAAUAUCCAGAUCACUGAUUGUCCCCCGGUGCUUUUCGAGGUGUCAUGCACUGAUAACUGUGUCCAGAUCGGAGGCUACCCGUGGCACUACAUCUACACACCACCGCAAAAAAAACACAAGGGCUCUCAUCACAUCUGUUCGCUUAAGGACAGCAUGAUGGCAACAAAUGGAAUACAAAACAUGAACUGCUGCUCUCUAGAGAGCGAUGGGAUCUUCUUUCACCCUGACGACUCAGGAAGAAUCAUUCAUGUUGGACCAACCACCAUAAAUGUCCUAAAAAUUCUUGGUGAACUGAACAGCAGUUUGCCAUCAAAGGUAGUUGAGGACUUCUCUAUGGCAACCCAUCGAAACAACAGUCCUACCUCACAAGUCACUGUCACUUCAUCGGGCCGCACGGUGAAGAGACGAUUUCAUCAGCUGGAUGAUGACCCAGAUCAAGAGACUUUCCGUAUGGUGGAAUACGAGGAUGAGCUGGACCUUCUGGCUGUGGUGGUAACUAAUGGUGAGGAGGGAGAAGGCAGAGCGCACAUCCGACUGCACGACAACCAGAGCGGGCAGUUACUGCGGACGCUUGAUCUGGUUGAACCAUGGGACGAGACUUAUCGACAUGAGUUGUUCUUUGACAAAGACACAAUUGUUCACAUUGAACAAAAGAACACCAACUUCUGCUGCCAUGUUUACAAACUCACUGCUGACAGGAAAUAAGUGGUGUUUAUGUUUUAAGAGCAUGUAAGUAUUUGUUUACAACUUGUGUUGCUAUACAGCUGUUCUUGAACACUCAUAAUGAUGUGUUUCACAUCUGGAUCACUGUGUCAUUAUUUCUUCUGGGUAAAUAACAUUUGAUAAUUAUUGCUGGUUAUUUAAAUCAUUGUAAGUAACACUGUUUUACUGUUUAACAUGUUAUCUUACAUAUUUUUUACACUAUUUCUCUUAAAUAAAAAUAGUAUAUUUUACGAAGUUAGUCUGUAAUUUCUGCCUUCUGUGUUUCCAUCUUGCCCGU